AGUCACCGCCUCCUGCAAGUACCAGAGCCGGGCAGACAGCGCGGAGGCUGCGGUGGCAGUGGCCGCGGAGCUGGCCCUGCGGGGCCCCUGGGGGGAGGGGGAGCCGUCAAGCCCCGGCUGAGGCCGCCGCUACCGGGCCUCCCCUCCCCCCGGGGCGGGCGCCAUGCGGGGGGGCCCGGGCGAUGCGGAGCGGCGUCAGCGCUGGGGUCGCCUCUUCGAGGAGCUGGACAGUAACAAGGAUGGUCGCUUGGACGUCCACGAGUUGCGCCAGGGACUGGCCCGGCUGGGCGGGGGCAGCCCGGACCGCGGAGCACAACAGGGCAUCUCCCCUGAGGGUGAUGCUGACUCAGAUGGCGGCCUUGACCUGGAGGAGUUUUUCCUCUAUCUGCAGGAGCGGGAACAGCGCCUGCUACUUCUGUUCCACAGUCUGGACCGGAAUCAGGAUGGUCAUAUCGACGUCUCUGAGAUUCAGCAGAGUUUCCGAGCUCUGGGCAUUUCCAUCUCGCUGGAGCAGGCAGAGAAAAUCCUGCACAGCAUGGACCGUGAUGGCACCAUGACCAUUGACUGGCAGGAAUGGCGUGACCACUUCCUGUUGCACUCGCUGGAGAAUGUGGAAGACGUGCUGUAUUUCUGGAAGCAUUCCACGGUCCUGGACAUUGGCGAGUGCCUGACUGUCCCGGAUGAGUUCUCGGAGCAGGAGAAGCUGACUGGCAUGUGGUGGAAACAGCUGGUGGCGGGUGCGAUGGCGGGUGCCGUGUCCCGGACGGGCACAGCCCCCCUGGACCGCCUCAAGGUCUUCAUGCAGGUCCACGCCUCCAAGACCAACCGGCUGAACAUCCUGGGAGGCCUACGGAGCAUGAUCCAAGAGGGGGGCGUGCGCUCCCUGUGGCGUGGCAACGGGAUUAACGUGCUCAAGAUUGCACCUGAGUCGGCAAUCAAGUUCAUGGCCUAUGAGCAGAUCAAGCGGGCCAUCUGGGGGCAGCAGGAGACACUGCAUGUGCAGGAGCGCUUUGUGGCUGGCUCCCUGGCUGGUGCCACAGCCCAAACCAUCAUUUACCCCAUGGAGGUACUGAAGACACGGCUGACCCUUCGCCGGACGGGCCAGUAUAAGGGGCUGCUGGACUGUGCGUGGCGGAUCCUGGAGCGAGAAGGGCCCCGAGCCUUCUACCGCGGCUACCUGCCUAACGUGCUGGGCAUCAUUCCCUAUGCGGGCAUCGACCUGGCCAUCUACGAGACCCUGAAGAACCGGUGGCUCCAGCAGUAUAGCCAUGACUCGGCCGACCCGGGCAUCCUCGUGCUCCUGGCCUGCGGCACCAUUUCCAGCACGUGUGGCCAGAUAGCCAGUUACCCCCUGGCCCUGGUCCGGACCCGCAUGCAGGCCCAAGCCUCCAUCGAGGGAGCCCCCCAGCUGUCCAUGCUGGGUCUGCUCCGUCACAUCCUGUCCCAGGAGGGCGUACGGGGCCUCUACCGGGGCAUUGCCCCCAACUUCAUGAAGGUUAUCCCAGCCGUGAGCAUCUCCUACGUGGUCUACGAGAACAUGAAGCAGGCCCUGGGGGUCACAUCCAGACCCCCAGCUUCCUCAGGCACCAGAUCCAGUGUCCUCAGGCAAUACUGGAUCCUAGAUCCACUGGCAGAUCCUAGAUCCCCAUGCUUCAAGUCCUGGAUCUCCAAGCUCGGCCACUGGAUUCUGGAUAUCGAGAAACCUCAGCGCACCGGAUCCUGACAGUGCAAUGCCUAGGUCCCGGGGCCCCAAGCACUGGAUCUCAGACCCCCUCCCUCCAGCCACUGGAUUCCUGAAUCCCUUUACCUCGACACUCUGCUUCAACUCCCAGAUCCCCACAUUUCAAUCAUUAUACCCUCAACCACCGGAUCCCAGAUUUCCAAGCCCUGACCCACCAGAUCCUCCCUCCUCAAACCACAGUCGCGAGAGCCCAAUGGCAGAGGUGUGGGUGCUGGCGACUGCAGCUGUUGGACCCCAAAUCCCUUCACCGCAGGCACUGGGUACAAAAACCUCAUCCAUAAGAGGCAGACCCUACCACCUCCAGGCACUGGAUGCCAACCCUUUAACCCCUGGUUUCUGACCCGAGUCCUCCCAAGCACUAGAUCCUGAAUGCUCAGACCCCCCAGUCUAGCUCCCAGUAGGCCAAUCAGUAUCCUGGAUCCCACGCGCCCCCAUCCCAGAUACACACCAGAGCCCGGAGACCUCCCCCCAUGUCACAAACCCCAUAGUCUACGGAGCCUCCAGGAAACCCAGGUCCUGGCCUCCCAGCUUGAAAACCCACGGGACUUGUCCACUGUCCUGACACGUCUUAUGCCGGCCACAAGGGGAGGAGAUGCCUCUCCCAGGCCCUGUACAGACACUGGACCCCCUACCUCCCCAGCAAAGCCUGGACUGCAGGGAAACUUCCCUCUCAAAUACUCCCCCAGCAAGGCCAUGUCUCAUACCCCUUUCCCACCGUCUAGGCUGAUAACAACCCCCAGAGCCUGGGUCCCUCUGGAGGAUCCAGUCGCUCUUUCUUAGGGGCUGGCAAGGAGGCAAUCCAAGGCUGGGGACACAUUAAGGGGACCGCACACAUCCCCCAGCACUGCCAGCCCCUCCCCAGUCUUCAGAGUUGGAACUCAGAAGCAGCUUCCCCAAACCCAAGCAUCCAAGGAUGCAAAACAAACCCCAAACUCCCCAGUCCCCCAAAUUCAUUCCAGGUCUAUUUUUCUACCAGAGAGGAGCAGACAUCCCAUCCGCCCUAAGUCCCAGUACCCCAACCCUCUAUAUUCUGCACUUUAUAUUUGGAUUCUGAGCUUAGGCUUAUUGGGGGACCCCUCUCUCCAUUCCUUCCAAGUCCUUGGGGAACCCCAUUAAAGGACUGUAAAAGAAGAACUGGGAUUUGGGGGGAUGGGACAACCCCCCGCAAUGCUUCCACCUCCCCCACCUACACCACUCCCCACCUCCCUGCCUGUGUGUGUUAUUUCAAAGGAAAAGA